UGUGCCGGUUAGAAUUUAAUCUGUGUUAAAUUAAUUCCAUUACUUGUUUUUUUUUUAAUAAUUUUACAAUAUUUUCAUUUAAUUUCUGUGAAAUCUUAUCUAUAAAAUAUACUACAAUUGUUAUCAGUUGUGUUUUCAUACAACUUAUUGUACAAUUCCUCUCCCGGUUUUACUUUUUUCCAUCCAUUUAGUCGGUUGUACAUUGCAUAACCUUAAAUACGUUUAAAAACGGCAAGAGUGCAAAAGUACAAUUAUUUUUUUAUUAAAUAUUCGUAUUAAAGUUUACUAUCAGUCUUGUUUUUGUUUUUUGAAGCCUAAAAGCAUUGCAGGAGAAUUUUAAAGCAAAAAGUUAAUUUUCGUUUUAAAAGUGUCAAAAAAUUUGCAUUAUGUUUUCAUUACGUUUGGCCACUCGCUGUUUAAAUGCCGCUGCUCCGACUUUUUUGAGAAAUAAUACUAUUAAUCGAACCAUUAUUUAUGCUGGGAUGGCUACUAAAAUUAAAACUGGACCCGUUGUUGAUAUCUUGGGCGAUGAAAUGACCCGUAUCAUUUGGUCUUCCAUUAAGGACAAAUUGAUUUUGCCCUUCUUGGACAUUGAAUUGCACACAUACGAUUUGGGUAUGGAGAAUCGUGACAAGACUGCCGAUCAGGUGACCAUCGAUUGUGCCGAAGCUAUUAAGAAAUACAAUGUUGGCAUUAAGUGUGCCACUAUUACUCCCGAUGAGAAGCGCGUAGAAGAAUUCAAAUUGCAAAAGAUGUGGAAGAGUCCCAACGGUACUAUUCGUAACAUUCUCGGUGGUACUGUAUUCCGUGAAGCUAUUACUUGCAAAAACAUUCCCCGUUUGGUCAGUGGCUGGGAGAAACCCAUUGUUAUUGGUCGUCACGCUCAUGCCGAUCAAUACAAGGCUACCGACUUUGUAGUUCCUGGUGCUGGCACCUUGACCAUGACUUUUGUGCCUGCUGAUGGCAGUGGUGAAAUCAAACAUGAAGUUCAUCAAUACAAGGGUGCUGGUGUUGCCAUGGGUAUGUUCAAUACCGAUGCAUCCAUUGUAGACUUUGCCCAUGCUUCCUUCAAAUAUGCUCUUUCCCGCAAAAUGCCCUUGUACUUGAGUACCAAGAACACCAUUCUCAAGAAGUACGAUGGUCGCUUCAAGGAUAUCUUUGAAGAAAUCUACCAAAAGGAAUACAAGAAGGAUUACGAGGCCGCUGGCAUCUGGUACGAACAUCGUUUAAUCGACGAUAUGGUUGCCUACGCCAUGAAAUCCGAAGGUGGUUUUGUUUGGGCCUGCAAGAACUACGAUGGUGAUGUACAAUCUGAUUCCGUUGCCCAAGGUUACGGUUCUUUGGGUCUCAUGACCUCCGUUUUGAUCUGCCCCGAUGGUAAGACUGUUGAAUCCGAAGCUGCCCACGGUACCGUUACCCGCCAUUACCGCAUGUACCAACAAGGCAAGGAAACCUCCACCAAUCCCAUUGCCUCCAUCUUCGCCUGGACCCGUGGUUUGUUGCACCGUGCCAAGCUCGACAACAACGAAGAACUCAAGAAAUUCGCCGAAACUUUGGAAAAGGUCUGUGUCGAUACCAUCGAAUCUGGUUCCAUGACCAAGGAUUUGGCCAUCUGCAUUAAGGGCAUGAACAAUGUUCAACGUAGCGACUACAUGGAAACCUUUGAAUUCAUGGACAAAUUGGCUGAAAACUUGAAGAAGGCUAUGGCUUGACUAUCUACUCAUGAAGAUAAAAAGUCUCAUCUCUAGAUUUGAAUCUAGUGCGAUUCAUAUUUAAGAUUUGUAUUUUUAUGUUUAUUUUUAAAGAACGCAUCUUUUUUGCAUUUUAUGUUUUAAUUUUAUUUUAUAAUACAUCCUA